ACCCUCUUGCAUUUCACCAUUUCUCUCUCUCUCUCCCUCUCUCUCUCUACCAACACCAAAAAUGUGCGGUGGUGCAGUCAUCUCCGACGACGAUCAGGUCUUCGACCGUCGCCGCAAGCUGACACCCAACGACCUCUGGUCCGAAUUCGACACCGACGAUCUCUUCGGUUGGGAUUUCAAACCUCAAAACCUCCGUUCCACCGCUAACAAGAACAAAACUACUUCAGUCUCCAACAAAUUCAGCAACAAAGAGCCAAAUGAAAAAUCUCCCAAGCCGAGCUUGAAAAAGGCGAAACCCCGAAAGAACAAGUUCAGAGGGAUCAGGCAGCGGCCAUGGGGGAAAUGGGCAGCCGAGAUCCGAGACCCACAGAAGGGUGUUCGAGUCUGGCUUGGCACAUUUAACACGCCUGAAGAAGCGGCUCAAGCCUAUGACGAAGCAGCCAAGCGUAUCCGAGGGGAUAAGGCUAAGCUCAACUUUGAUUCACCACCUGCCAAGAAACUGUGUGUCCAGACCCCUACUGAGUCAACUCAGUCAACUGUGCACGAACCACCAUCGCCAUCAGAGUUGCUGAACUAUGAUCAAUUCCAAAACCAGUCUUACUACUCGAACAGCGUCAAUGUGGCUGAUGAUUAUGAGUUCAAGGAGCAGAUAUCGAACCUCGAGACCUUCUUAGGACUUGAUCAUGAGCUUACUCAGUUUGGUGGAUUCGGUGGUGGCGAGCUGAAUAAUCUUUGGAUGAUGGACGACUUUCCGGUUAUAAUUUGAGCAACCGAGUUGAGUGAGUGAACCCAGUGAGUGAAGUUAAUGGUCUCUAUAUUAAAAGCAAGACUUGUUUAUGAGGUGGCUGUGAUAAUGGUAAUGGUACAAUAAGUUGUGUUGCCGUGUGUGUUGUACAUAUGCGGCACACAACCAUAUGUGUGUUUUCCUUACCGUAUGUGUGUUUUCUUAAUGGUUUGAUGAUGCUAUUUUUUUUUGUUUUGUUUUAGAAUAUAUAUGUAUAUAUAGGUUGGUUUACUGUAAAAAGUGAAUUUUGCAUCUUAAGAAGCCAUAUAAAUAUUUAGGAUUU